ACCAGUGCAACCGUUACAAAUGCAGAGACAGAGAAAGCAGAAUACCAGGGAAAGCUACUAUUUGGCCAACAUCUCCGAGGUCCUCAGUGUAAACAUCCGCAAACAUCAGCCUGCGAGUAAAGUCUCAUUGAAAUGAGUCACCUUUCAGUUGCGCUAAAGGAGCGGAGACACCGAGCAACGCACCCCAAAACACAAACAUGGUCAAACAAGUGGUAACAACCAUAUGCUUUUUUCUUUUUCAUUGCAUUAUAAGUUACUGGGCGUUUAUGUCCUCUUGUAGCAUCCACUCAUCCCCAAAAAUCAGCAUUCCAGCGAUCGCCAGGUAUUUUGGUACCAAAGGUCGCUAUGAAGAUGUCAACACGUACUUAAUCGACGAUCUUUUGGCCACAAACAACUCCCUUGUGACGCUGCCUUCCUCGAAAUGCAGCGAAAUUCAUCUGACAGCUAUAAUCCGGCAUGGGACGAGGUACCCGACCACUAAAAACAUUCAGAAGAUGCGCGAAUUUUAUGAUCUCGUCGUGCGUGAUGCGACCGGCAACUUAAACUGUUUGUCAGAGAUAAAGUCGCAGUGGAAGAUGUGGUACACGGAUGAUAUGGACGGGCGACUGGUGGACAAGGGCCGUGCGGAUCACAGGCACCUAGCGCAGAGACUCAUCAAAUGGUUCCCUUCUUUGCUGACCGAGGACAAUGUGCGUAACGGACGCGUGAAACUGAUCACCAGCUCCAAGCACAGGUGUGUGAACAGUACCAUCGCUUUCAGAGAGGGACUAAUGAAAGGACUCAGCAUAAAAGUUGAGUUGGAACCUGCUGUUAAUGACGCUUUAAUGCGUUACUUUGACCAGUGCGAACGGUUUGUGAAAGAAGUGGAGAACAACAAGAGCGCCUUGGAGGAAGUGAAACGAUUUAAUGAAGGCCCUGAGAUGAAAAGAGUAAUGGAGAAAAUGGCUGACAGGCUGGAUGUCCCUUACGCCAGCAUCACCGAUGAUUCAGUGGAAGCAGCUUUCUUUCUGUGUGCAUAUGAGUUUACUAUCCAUGAUCUGAACUCACCCUGGUGCCAGUUGUUUGACGAGGUAGAUGCACAGCUUAAUAAGGGGAUAUAA